GCGAGCGGACGGGCCUGGCGGCUGGACGGGCGCCCCUCGUCGCGCCGCGCGCUCCCCGCCGCCCCCCGCGCGCGCAGCCCUGCGCGGCCCGGGUCCGCAGGCGGCGGGGCGCCCCCCAUGCUGCUGCAGCCCGCGCCCUGCGCCCCCAGCGCGGGCUUCCCGCGGCCCCCGGCCGCCCCCGGCGGCGCCAUGCACGGCUCGCAGAAGGACACCACGUUCACGAAGAUCUUCGUGGGCGGCUUGCCCUACCACACCACCGACGCCUCGCUCAGGAAGUACUUCGAGGGCUUCGGGGACAUUGAGGAGGCCGUGGUCAUCACCGACCGCCAGACGGGCAAGUCCCGCGGCUACGGCUUCGGGAUUGUUUUUGUUUUUGAAAGCAACGUUUCCCAGCACUUGAACUUGUUUCCCAGCUUGAACUUCGAGGGUAGGAGCUGGAAUCCGAAUCUGGGGGAGGCGUCUGUGACCAUGGCCGACCGGGCAGCGGCUGAGAGGGCGUGCAAGGACCCCAACCCCAUCAUUGACGGCCGCAAGGCCAAUGUGAACCUCGCGUAUUUGGGCGCCAAGCCUCGGAGCCUCCAGACUGGCUUUGCCAUCGGUGUGCAGCAGCUACACCCCACCUUGAUUCAGCGGACUUACGGGUUGACUCCGCACUACAUCUACCCGCAAGCCAUCGUCCAGCCCAGCGUGGUGAUCCCGGCCGCCCCCGUCCCGUCACUGUCCUCGCCCUACAUUGAGUACACGCCAGCCAGCCCGGCCUACGCCCAGUACCCGCCGGCCACCUACGACCAGUACCCGUAUGCCGCCUCACCUGCCACGGCCGCCAGCUUCGUGGGCUACGGCUACCCGGCCACCGUGCCCCAGGCCCUGUCGGCUGCGGCCCCCGCGGGCACCGCCUUCGUGCAGUACCAGGCGCCACAGCUGCAGCCCGACAGGAUGCAGUGAGGGGCGUCCCGCCCCGGGGACCGUGGCAGCAUCACCCACAACAGGCAGACCCAGCAGGCCACGACGGGCCGCCGCCAGCCCGGCUGAGCUUUGGGUGCGACCAGCGCCUGUGCCCUGGGACAGCCGGGAGAGACCUUCUUUUCAGAUCUGGGUCCUGUGUCACCAGGGAGGACUGUAAGAAGAAAUUCCUCCUCGCACACGGCGCAGCCUUCUUCCCGCACCUUUUCCUGCCCCUUGUCACACUCCAGGUGCCCUCGGGCUUAUCCCCACGGCAGCGUCCAGGCGGGUCGUCACAGAUCCUCCACAGACCCCCGCUGCCCUUCGGCCUGUGCAGAAACCUUGUCCCACGCGGGGAUGCCUAACCGCAGGGAAACCCGCGAGAGAAGCAGAUAGACUGUUUAUUGUCACUCGAUCCGCACAAGCUGUCAGCCACAGUCGGGGGUGUGGGGCAAACACCUCCUCGUUGAAUUCUCAUUUUCUACCUUGUUGCACGCGGUGGCUUCCUCGAGGCCCCCGGAGCGCCAGGUGCAGGAGGGCCACCGGCUCUGCCCAGAGCUCUCCUUCAGUCGAAGCACUGCGACUUUUUUCUUAUUCUAAUUGUUUUGCUACUAAGAUGAUUUCACAGGUUCAGUCUAUUUUUUCAGUGGGGACUGCCGCCACCAAGAAUCCAAAACCUGUUUUUGACUUUGAGCAAUUUGCUUUUGUGGGUUCCACCCGUGGGGACGACGCCGUGUCUCUGUAACGAAGCAUCUGCCGGCUGGCAGGCACCGUGAGUUGUCUCAGGAUCGGCGGGGUUGGGCCCCAGGCGUUCAGGCUGCUCAGGGUCUAGACCACAAGGGCUCCUGGCCUGCGCUCGGGGGGCUCCACAGCGCAGGAUCGGCCACCCCCACCCUCUUCCUCCUGUUGCCACCUGCUGAAUACAGGCCCAAGACGUGCCCCUGCCUUCCGUGGGAGUGGGGGGGGGGGGCGACAAGGUCUAACAGCCGUGGUGGCUGCUGUGGGGGCGCUGGGGGCCGCGGAGCAGGCGGGAGGCGGGGCCGCCGGGGGUCCCUUCAGACCUACCUCAGGGAGCAGGAGGCUCGGGGGCGGAGCGGGCGGCGCUCCUUGGCACGCCUGGUAGAGUCGAGGCCCAGAAAAUAAAGGUAGCUAAUAUUAUAAUAAUAUUUUUAUUAGAAUUGUUCUGAUUAAAAAAAUAAAACUUGUUUUCUUUAAAGAAA